AGAGCACAAUAGCAUUAGCAAAUAGAGUACUUUCAUUUUCCUCUUCAACCAAGAAAACCCUUCUUAACUUACACUCUUCGUUUCCAUCCAAGGGAGGAAAGAGCAAAGAGUAAAAGAGUAGAGAGAGGAGAGAGAGGUUUGUAGUGUUGAUUAAGCUGAAGUUAAAGAUGACUAUGGAAGAAGGAAGGGUAGCGAAUGAGGAGUUCACACAAGAUGGAACUGUGACUCUUAAAGGGAAACCUAUUCUUAGAUCCAAAAGUGGUGGUUGGAAAGCUUGCUCCUUCGUUGUUGUAUAUGAAAUAUUCGAAAGAAUGGCUUAUUAUGGGAUAUCAUCAAAUUUGAUCCUUUAUCUGACAAAGAAGCUUCACCAAGGCACAGUAUCCUCUUCAAACAACGUCACCAAUUGGGUUGGCACCAUUUGGAUCACACCCAUUUUAGGCGCAUAUGUUGCAGACGCUUGCCUUGGCCGCUAUUGGACUUUUGUCAUUGCCUCCACCAUUUAUCUUUCGGGUAUGUCUCUGCUUACACUGGCAGUGUCCCUUCCCAGCCUAAAGCCACCUCAAUGCUUUGAAGUGGAUGUGACAAAAUGUGAGAAAGCCUCCACACUACAGCUAGCUGUUUUCUAUGGUGCACUUUAUACUCUAGCAGUGGGAACUGGAGGAACCAAGCCCAACAUCUCCACUAUAGGAGCUGACCAAUUUGAUGAUUUUCAUCCUAAAGAGAAGAAACAUAAGCUCUCCUUCUUCAAUUGGUGGAUGUUCAGUAUCUUCUUUGGGACACUCUUUGCAAACACUGUUCUAGUGUAUAUCCAAGAUAAUGUGGGCUGGACUCUUGGGUAUGCUCUUCCAACUCUUGGGCUUUUGGUAUCAAUCAUGAUAUUCUUGGCAGGCACACCCUUCUAUAGGCACAAGGUGCCUGCAGGGAGUACCUUCACUAGAAUGGCUAGGGUCAUAGUGGCUGCUUUGAGGAAAUGGCAAGUGCCAGUUCCUCGUGACACAAAAGAACUAUAUGAGCUUGAUGCGGAAGAGUAUGUAAAGAAAGGGAGUUACAGAAUUCAUUCUACUCCAACAUUGAGGUUCCUUGAUAAGGCCUGUGUCAGAACAGAUUCAAAUAACAGUCCAUGGAUGCUAUGCACUGUUACUCAAGUAGAGGAGACAAAACAAAUGCUAAGGAUGAUUCCAAUCUUGGUUGCUACAUUUGUUCCAAGUACAAUGAUGGCUCAGAUAAAUACCCUUUUUGUAAAGCAAGGAACUACUCUUAACAGACACGUCGGAAGCUUCAAAAUCCCCCCAGCAAGUUUGGCUGCAUUUGUUACUGUGUCCUUGCUUAUCUGUGUUGUGCUCUAUGACCGUUUCUUUGUCAAGAUAAUGCAAAGGUUUACAAAGAAUCCCAGAGGCAUUACCCUCCUUCAGAGAAUGGGAAUUGGCCUUGUAAUCCACACUGUGAUUAUGAUCAUUGCAUCUGGGACUGAAAGCUAUAGACUUAAAGUGGCCAGAGAACACGGGGUAGUUGAAAGUGGAGGACAAGUUCCUUUGAGCAUAUUCAUUUUGCUUCCUCAGUUUAUACUAAUGGGAACAGCUGAUGCAUUCUUAGAGGUUGCCAAAAUUGAGUUUUUCUACGAUCAAGCGCCAGAACAUAUGAAGAGCCUUGGCACUUCAUAUUCCUCAACUACCUUAGGCAUUGGUAAUUUCAUUAGUUCCUUUCUUCUCUCAACAGUGUCACACCUCACCGCGGAACAUGGUCACAAGGGGUGGAUUUUGAACAAUCUGAACGAGUCUCAUCUUGAUUACUACUAUGCAUUUUUUGCAGUACUAAACUUCCUGAACCUCAUCCUCUUCGCCUUUGUUUCAAGGUUCUAUGUAUAUAGGGUUGAAGUUUCAGAUUCCAUAGAUGUGCUUGCAAAAGAGCUCAAGGAAAAGACAGCUUCUAACCAUGUGAAUCCCAGAGAUUAGUUGGGUUGGAUAUCUAAAGGGAGAAGACUAAGACCCAAAAACUUCAAAGCUGCUAUAUAAAAAAAUUUCGAUGGCCAAAAGAACUACAUAUAUAUGUGUGUGUCUAACUUUGGGAUGCUUUUGGUCAUUGGAAGUUACUUAAGAAAAGAACCUAAUCAAGUUAUAGUUAUUGGGGGCCCUUUUAGCACGUGAUCAUUUUCCUUAUCCUUUGUAAUCUUUGAGAAAUGUCACAUGCAUCUUGAAAGAACAAGAUUGGAAAGGGAUGUAAUAUGUUUUAAGUUUAUUUUUUAAGGUCUUUAUUGGCCAUCGAAGCGUUUCCUUUUAAUCAAGAAAUUGUAAUAUGAAGGGUUGAAGACAAAAUCUAUCAGGUUAGAUUUUCAUUUUCAUUUUCAUUCCUUCAAUACAGCUCUUUUAUUUUUUUUAGUAUAUCACGAAAAUAUCUUAAUUAG